AAAACAGAGGGGACUUGAGAUGCCGAGAUCGACCUUCUUGCUCCUAAGGGUCGCCUGGAUGGCUUGUUGUGACGAGCCUCGGGUGGACCUCCUAAAUCGAUGUAGCUCUUGCUCACAGAAUCUUGAACUGAAGAUAGAGAUUUAUCGUGGCACGUAGGAGUCUGGCAGGCAGGGUGUUUCAAUGAAGUCUGCCUGCGCCGAGCAGCCCUGAAAUUGUCGAUGUCGCAAAUUUCGAACUCGUUUGACUUCGAAGGUUCACAGUGCUUUUUCAGAUAAGUCACAAAGAAGAGGAGACUACGUAUAGUUGUCAGAUUAAACUGUGCAGAAAGCUGUGAGAAGUCACAUGGAUGAAGUUGAGAAUGUGAAGCGUUUUGUCCAAAAUUUGGAUGAAAUCGGCGGCUAUCAGGACGAAAAAGGAAAGUCUAUGAGAAACCUGGUGGAAGAAAUUUCCUUAGAUUUGGCCCCUGGAGACAGUCCUCUACACUUCUCAAGCCAAACCUCGUCCGCUGCUGCUUCUAUCGAUAUAGAACUCCGCAUUGCAGAGGCAAAAGAGAGGAUGAAACAGAUGCUCCAAGAUUCCCAUGAUAUAUGUCGGAAGCUGAGUUUUCAUGCCGAUGAUACUGAUCAAACGGAUAAGGAACUGAAACAAGAUAUGCAGGUGAACUUCGAAACGUCUCCCCUAUGCUACUCCAGCGAACAGAAUGAUCGGGAUCUGGCCCUUAUUGAUGAUUCCAACGAGGAGGAUGCCUCGGUCCCAAACCUGAGUUCCAAGUUCUCUUCUAUCGUCCAAGCUGCAACUCAAUCUGCUGGCACAGUGCCAGCUCUUCAGAAGGCAGUAAAUGAUAUGGAUACAAUUUUCACCAAUGAAGGAAAAGGUUGCUUUAGAGAAGAUGGCGUCAACAAAAUCCCAUCAGUACAUAAAGUUGACCAGUACUCUCAUCAUUUGAAUGUCAAUCACAAACAUCAUGAUCGCCACCAAGAAUCGGCAAAAAAUAAGAAAGACGUAUCCAGUUCAGAAUUGGACAAGGCCUCACACCAAGUUCAGGUGUUAGUGCAUCAACUAGCCAAAUGUCGGAGGAACUUGUUGACAGCGGAGAGAGAAGUGGGCAUUCUUCACGUGGAAAACAAAGAGCUGCGACGUCUGAUCCGAGAUCUCCUGUUGGUGCAAGGUAUCGGUAAAGACUGACAGAAACUGAUGACGAAGCACUUAUGAGGUGGAUAUUUGUUCCAGAGGGAGAUUUGUUAUAUCAUAUGUUGUGUGCGUGCACAAUCUCUUCGACCGAAAAUGCUGAAAUAGCUCUAACAAUGGGCCUUCAUCACGUCGUCCUUCACCAAUUGUCGACAAAGAUAUUGAGAUGUCCAGCUUUAAUAGAUUAUCCAGUUUGCAGCCACGUUCAAGAGAAGUGGCAGCACUUUACCUGAGGAGAUUAAGAGUAGAGCAAGAUGCAUCAAGCUUCCCAUGGUCUCCUGUACACUGAGAAUUCUGUUAUAUAUUACUUCGUUUCCU